AUGGAUGAUCAAGACAUUGAAAUGGCCAACACAUCAACAGAAGACAAAUUACAUGAACCUGAUGACUACGGAUACCACAAAAAAGUCAAAAGGCUAAAAAAAAUGCCAAAAAAGUGCAUGAUAGCAGAAUGGAGAAGAACAGACAGCAAUAGCAAAGAACAACUGAACAAAUGGAAUGAACCUGCUCCUUCAUUUGAAAUGAAUAUGUCACCGCAUGACCUUUUUGAACUUUUUCUCACAAAUUAUGAAAUGGAAAGAAUUUGUUUUGAAUCUACAAAUUAUGCGCGUCUAAAAGGCUUGGGUGCAUCUGUUGUAGCACAUUUGGUGAAUGGAUUACCCGAAGUCCUUGACUCUAACUACCACAUAGUAAUGGACAACUUUUUUACAAGUCCCGAGCUGCUGAGAUAUUUGAAAUCAAAGGGGAUAGCUGCAACUGGAACAGUUAAAGUCAGUCGUAUGGAGAAUGCUCCAUUGAAGGAUAUUGCUGAGAUUUCAAAUGAAGACCGAGGCUCAUCGGACGUGGUUACUGAUGUUUGCUGUAAUAUCACAGCCGUCAGAUGGAAGGACAACAAGGUUGUUAAUGCAAUGUCAACCUUCACGGGAAAAGAACCGAUUCAAGAAGAUUUUUACCACCACCGCCCAACUGCAUGGAUGGAAUGUAGUUACACGUGCGAGAAAUUAUUUAGCGUUGACGUAAAAACACCCCGCCCAAGAGAUGUCAGAAGAAUGAAUACAGAAUUCAGUGAAAUAGAUAACCUUUUCACUGGACAUACAGCCUGGUUUUCAUCAAGUGUUUUCUCCAAGACAAGAGGUCUUUGGUUGACUCUUGGUGGAACUGAAGCCUCUUUCCAAACAGCAGAUUUUAUCUUCAGUGAAGAUGCUAAUGCUCCAGAUACAGUCAGUAUUUUUGAGGGUGCCUCUUACCAAAAACAUGGUUUAGCUGUCAUUCACUCUAAAUACAUCAAUGCCUGUAUUAUUGCUGAGAAUAUGAUGGAUGUUGCUCUUGGAGACUACAUACUGUAUCCAGCAAGCAUACAACAUUUCAUCGAGCAGCAACGAAUAAAAAAUAUUUGUCCAGCCUCAAAAAGAGCAAACAGUUCAACCAUGAGUAAUACAAGAAAUAAAUCAAAUGAUUCUGGUCCUAAAACAGAAGACAAGAAAAAGGCUGAAUUUUACCAGAAAAAGUCUAUCACUCCACAAUCCCAGGAAGAAGAUGCUGUUCAUAUUUCGGACCUGGAAUUAAUUUCUGGUGAUUUACAAGAUUUUAUACCUGGUAAAAACAAAUGCAUUGUCUAUCAAUUAUGA